AGGUUAAACUCUCUGACACCAUGACAGAGCUGCAGAAAUCUAAAAAUUAUUUAGCUACUGCCCUAGAAGAGCUUCAGAAAAGCGAGAAUCAGAUCAAGACCAUUACCAGAACAUUGACUUCUCAGCUGGAAGAGCUGUUUAAAAGUAUAAAUACAGAGCUUGAUGAGAAAAAGAGGAUGAUCCUGGGUGACCUUCAGUCUAACGAGGAAGCAGAACUGGCAGUUGUUGCCAGCAUGAGGAAGAGAAUGGAACAGAAGAGAGACCAAGCUGAGCAGAAUCUUCAGGUUUUGCAGAAGAGAAAAGAGCAACCAGUCCUCCUGAUAGGGUCUGAAACUAGUCACAGACAGGUAUGUUCCACUUCGUAACACUUGUUCAUAACACUUGAUAACUGGGAUCAAACCCCACUGCCUGUGCCCCUCUGUCCCUCCACCCUGUGCUGCAAAGCUGCUCCCUAUUCCAGCUAAACCAGAGGGCACCACAUCCACAAAAUUAACAGGGAUGGAGAGAUCCCUGCCUGCUGUUAGACUUGUCCCUUUAAAUUUCAGUUUCCUGGCUGGAUUCUGAUGAAAACCACUGGCUUUUAUUACCAGAAAGCUGUUUUUAUCAGAGAUGAAGCCCCUAGGGUUCAGCUUACAAUGACACUGCCUUGGAUACACACUGGUGACCCUCCCUCAGCUGAGUUCCCAGGGAACAGCCUUUGGCAGCAGAGGUACCCAGCUCAUUUCCCACCAAGUUUUUGAGUUGUCGACAAGCUUGGUAUCUAGAAAGAUUUAUUAUCACUUCCCUUCUUGCGAGAGAAGAAGAAGAAGAUGUGCUUCUUUAAUUUAUACCUUCCCACUUCCUAUGCAAUGCCUGGGUGUCAGCUGUAAUUCAGUGGUGCAACACUGCACCAACAGCUCCAGAUGCACUGCAGCAGCACUGGAGGCCCCAGCUGCACAAAGGGAUGGCUCAAACACCUGCCUGGAAUUUGAGAGGUCACCUCUGUGACUUGCACAGAUUGAAGAUGAGCUCAAGCCCAGAUUGUAAGGAGAACUUGGAAUCACUGUCCACCUCAGGGCUGCAGCUCAGUCUGUUACUCACAGCUGUGCCACAAGUAACAUCCUAGCCCGUGGAAUCAAGGUAAUUUUCCAGAUUUAAUAGGUUUGGCAUUCUUGUUCUGCCACUGCUGCAACAGUAAGAGCCUGCCUGCAGCAAGUCAAGGCUCUGUUCACACGUGGGGAAUAUCAAAACACCUCCUCCUCUCUCAUUAGCAGCAUUUGAAAGUUCCAGUGCAGGUAAGCAAAAGGCAUUGCCAAAUAAAUAACACUAUGUAACAAUCGGAACUCAACCUUCACGAAAGGCUGUUAACCCAAUAGUUGGCGUUGCCAAAGCCCUCUCCUCUUUUCAGACUCUGUCCUAGUGAAGAAUUCUGUUACCUUUGGGUGCUGGAUGGUUUUCCUUGGCGCAGGGACUCUGUGCCCUGGCACUGCCUGCGCCCUGGGGAUGAGUACGUGGUGGAAGUGAGGCUGAAUCAGAGCACGGUGACCCAGUGAGAAGAGCAGAAGCAGAGUUUUUUGUGGCAGCUGGAAGCCUCUGCUGCAGGACGUGCUUGUGAGUCCUGGUGAUGGCAGCAGUGACAGAGACCAACAACAUCCAUGCAGUGAUGGAAGGGCCAGAAGGAGACGAUGCCAAGUGCAGUUUCCAUCACAGAAUAUUCCUGGAACCCCAAGAGAAGAAGAGGAACGUGAAGGAUCUUCUGGUUAAACGAGCAAAGAAAACUUGCAGCUGCACCCCAGCCAAAAUUAAAGAUUGUGUUUUGGGGUUUUUCCCCAUCUUACAGUGGCUCCCGAAAUACAAACUCAAGGAGUAUCUCCUGGGGGAUAUAAUGUCUGGUGUGAUCGUGGGGGUCCUGCUGGUGCCACAGUCCAUUGCCUACUCUCUCUUGGCAGGGCUGGAGCCCAUUUAUGGCCUUUACACAUCCUUUUUUUCCUGCAUCAUUUACUGCAUCUUCGGCACCUCCCGUCACAUCUCCGUUAGCAUCUUCGGGGUGGUUUGCCUGAUGCUGGGACAGGUGGUGGAUAGGGAAGUGGAGAGAGCUGGCUAUGACCUGCAGCCAGCUGUGCUCGGUGCCCUGCCAGGCCCAGGAGGGGACAGGAACAGCACCAGGAACGGGACAGAGCUCUGUGACAAAAGCUGCUAUGCCAUGACCGUGGCUGCCACCUUGACCUUCAUCUCUGGAGUUUACCAGGUGGCCAUGGGUUUCUUCCAGGUGGGCUUUGUCUCCGUGUACCUCUCGGAUUCGCUGCUGAGUGGGUUCGUCACAGGGGCCUCCUUCACUGUCCUGACCUCACAAGUCAAGUACCUGCUGGGCCUGGACAUUCCUCGGAGCGGGGGCAUUGGAUCCCUCAUCACCACCUGGAUAAACAUCUUCAGGAACAUCCACAGGACCAACAUCUGCGACCUCAUCACCAGCUUCUUGUGCUUCCUGGUGCUCGUCCCAGCCAAAGAGCUGAACGAACACUUCAAGUCCAAGCUCAAGGCUCCAGUUCCAGUGGAACUCUUCGUGGUCGUGGCAGCCACUCUGGCAUCUCACUUUGGGAAGCUGAGAGAGAAUUAUGGCUCCAGCAUUUCCGGGCACAUCCCCACCGGGUUUCUGCCGCCGCGCCCUCCAGACUGGGCCCUGAUCCCCAGCGUGGCGUUGGAUGCCAUCCCCAUUGCCAUCAUUGGCUUUGCCAUCACCGUGUCCCUCUCGGAGAUGUUCGCCAAGAAGCACGGGUACUCGGUGAGGGCCAACCAGGAGAUGUACGCCAUUGGCUUCUGCAACAUCAUUCCCUCCUUCUUCCACUGCUUCACGACCAGCGCAGCUCUUGCCAAGACCCUGGUCAAGGAGUCCACGGGCUGCAGGACCCAGAUGUCCGGCCUGGUGACCAGUUUGGUGAUCCUCUUGGUGCUCCUCGUGAUCGCGCCUUUGUUUUACUCCCUGCAGAAAUGCGUCCUCGCCGUCAUAACCAUCGUCAGCCUCCGCGGAGCCCUGCGCAAGUUCAGGGACCUGCCCAAGAUGUGGCACCUGAGCAAGGUGGACACGGUGAUCUGGGGAGUCACCAUGGUGGCCACGGCGCUCAUCAGCACCGAGAUCGGGCUCCUGGUGGGGGUUUGCUUCUCCAUGCUCUGCGUCAUCUUCCGCACCCAGCGGCCGGAGGCGCCGCUGCUGGGCUGGGUGGCUGAGUCGGAGACCUACGAGUCCCUCUCUGCCUACAAGAACCUGCAAACCAAGCCUGGAGUUGUGGUGUUCCGAUUUGAAGCCCCCCUCUACUACAUCAACAAGGAGUGCUUCAAAUCCACCCUCUACAAGCAAACUGGGGUUGACCCCGUGUGGGUGAAGGCAGCCAAGAAGAAAGCGGCCAAAAGAAUGCUCAAGGAGAAGGAGGCGGGCUCUGGGGACAAGCAGAGCAGCAUCCCCAUGGGUUUGGGGUCGGAACCCGUGGGGUUUCACACCAUAGUGAUCGACUGCUGUGCGGUGCAGUUCCUGGACACGGCCGGCGUCCGCACGCUCAAGGAGGUCUGCAAGGACUACGGGGACAUCGACGUCCACGUGCUGCUGGCCCAGUGCAACCCUUCUGUCAGGAGCUCCCUGCUCCGAGGGGAGUUCUUCAAAGAGGGCGAGGACCACCUGCUCUUCCACAGCGUGCACCAGGCCGUGGACUUUGCGCUGGGCACGCAGGGGCACGGUGCUUCCAAGGACUAGCUGGGGAAGGAGAGGAGACUGGAACAAAGCCUGGGCAAACACGCCUGUGUGGCUGUGCAAUCGGUGCGUGUGUGUGCUCAGGUAGCAGGGCAGGGUGCUGCCAGCACGCUGGGACUGUGCCAUCUCUCUGGAUUUACCUGCCAGCUGUGGUGAUUCCACAGGAGCUGCUGAAGGAGGGAAGUUCUUACCUUGAUUGUGGCCGAUCUGCGAAUCUGAACUUUGCGUAGGGUUGUUCGUCUCGUGUCUCGCCUCUGGAGCUUUCCGUGUCUCAAUUCCACUCUUAAGUUGUGCUCAAGGCUUUUUUGCUGCUCUGUCCUUGUGGAUGAGGGGGGGAUUUUGGAGUAGUCUGGACACCUUGUCCAGCUGAAGAAUGAGUCCUCUCAUUUCUCAUCCCUCAUUCUGGCCUUGCUUUCCAUCACCACUCCCUUGUGUUUGCCAAGGAAUGGCUGCCAGGGAUUGUUUGCUCUGGUCUUUACUGGGCAAUGUUUGAUUUUUCAACCUCCCUGAAUCUCAGAUAGGGAAAUCAAAUCUAAACAUGUAGGAAAAUAUCUUAAUGAAUAUCUUCUAAUCAAGCACCUCUCACCUCCAGAGGUUUUGGUACUGCCUCCUAAUGCAGCCAGGUCACAAGGGCAUGGUUAUCUCAUUUCUCCACAGGUAUAAACCUGCCUGUGCCCCUGGAAAUUCCACCUCUCCAGCCUGAUUUUAAUGAUUGGGUUUUUUUUUUCUUUAGGAGUCUGGUUUCUUCUUAUGGUCAGUAAAUCGAUAUCCUAAUAUUUAGGAGCUCUUUGGAAUUGUGAAUAUUAGAUAUGGAAAAUAUCUAGUUCUUUAAUUUUAACCAAAAAAAGUCCCUUCUAGGCAGUUUUUAUGCCAGGCAGAGAGAAUCACAGGCACCAAAGUGAAAAGGGACAAACAGAUUAUCCAACGUCUGCUCAAACGUGUCCGUGUCACACAGACUUUGUGCAUGAAUGCAGGAUUUAUUGCUCUGUCCUGGACUUUAUGCAAUAGGAGUGC